GGUCACGUGAUAGUAACUACAACAAAAUGGUUCCAACUUUUUUAAAAUUUCUAAAAAUGUUUCAUAGAAAUAUGAAUAACAACUAAAGACAGUAUCCAAUUCCUUAAAACAAAGUGUAUUAUCUAAUGCGAAAUGGCUUUGGAUAGAAGUGCUGGAAACUUGGAUGUUUUAGCUGAAGAAGAGGAUGAGGAAUCUUGGGACGACUCAGAGAGUGACGAUGGCCAAGAUGGGGGAAUAAGAAAGAGUGAACCAAACAAAUUUGACAAUUUAUGUGAUGGAGUUCAUAACUCUGUAGCAAUGGUUCAUGCAGGUGUACAAGAGUAUCUUGAAUUAAAAGAUGAACUACUGAAGCAUUCCCUCCCACCAAAUGUUUUAAUAACAUUGGGUACUGUGUCUGGGAAACUAUUUAGAAGUAUAAGUGACUUAAAUCAUCCUCUGAAUGAGCUGAUACGUCUAGUCAGAGUGUACUCCACACCAUGGGAAGAGAAAAGUGCUGCCUUAAAAAAGCUUCAUGAAGAUUAUGAAAGCAAACAACGCCAAUUGAAUAUCGCAAUAAAGAGGCUUCAGCUUAUUGAUGCACAUUCUAAAAAAGUAGCCAAAGACCGAAGGAUUAUGAACUGGGAAAAGUUGUUCUCUAAACUGACAACAGCACGAGGGCAUGGACGACGAUGGAAGUUUAGGAUUGAAGAAUUUAAGAGCAAAGCAAAAUUGGGACUAGAACAUGUUGAGGCAAUGUUGGGAGAGUUGAACAGUGAUUCAUCUGAGUCUGAAGACGAUGAUGAUGAUCUUGAACUUGCUGAACAAUUACGCAUCAAGCUUGGUAGUCGGGGCUCAGAUAUGGCGAGCAGUGAUAGAAUGGGAUCGGGCAUGGACAGUGAAGGAGACGAUGAUGAAUCAGGAGAUGAUGGAGGAGAUGAAGAUGAUGAGGGAGACAGUGACUCUGCAAGUGACAUUAAAAUGGUCCGAUUCACAGAUGAUUUCAUUCUUGAUGGGGUUGAUACCUUUGGUCGGCCAAGUACUCGCGCUUCAAGCAUAUCUGAUAAGAAUAUGAGGCUAGUUCCAGCUGAAUUGAAACCUGAAAUGAGUGACAGCGCAACAUGGACUCAUGAGCCAGAAACGACAAUGUCAUUGCGUGUCCGUGUUUACACACCUGUUGAUAUAGACUCAAGGGAACUGAAGUGCCAUCUGGUGUAUAAAGAUAACUAUUACAAGACGUCACAACUUGACAUGGCUUUACCAACAGAUUCUGAUGUAGAGAGUAAUGCCAGUAAAGAAAAGGAAGAAGCUGAAAAAGACAAGAAGAAAGAACGCCCAAAAGGUGGCAGAUUGAUUGGUUCAAAAACUAAUGCCAGACCAGCAGCAGCUGGUGCAGGGAGGGUUGGCAGUCGGGUUACUAGUGCUAACAACAUGCACAAAUAUGAAGAGUUUGAGUUUUCAAUGGCACCUCCUCCUAAAACUAAAUCGAAGAGACCAGCCACUGUAGUAGAGGACAACCUGAGAAUAUCUGUUCAUACUGGACCUAUGGAGGAGAUGCACUCAAUGGCAACUGUGGAGAUGAAAGACUUGGAACUAUUGGAUCUACCAAUCAUAGUUGAGCCACUAGAAACAGGAGAUGAGGACAUCUUAGAUGGUCGUGACACUCCUCUAUCGCAACUAGACUGGGAGGAACAGCUCAAGAGAUCAGAUGCCAAGAAGAAAACCCUUGAACGUGAAUCUGUAUCGUCAUCAAGGCCAAGUACACGUGGUGAUGACCCUGCGUCAAAGUUAAGGAAAGCUGUCCCUGUGAACUUCCCAUUGUAUUCCAUACAACAUAGAGGGCGAACUGAUUCAGUUCAGAUGCCUGUUGGAGCUGUGCCACUAGUCUGCUAUUGGUCAAAACGUGUUCAACCUUUGACCUUGACCCGCGCUGGGGAGACCAACCCCUUGAAAGAGCUAGUCAAUGAUCUGACAGGAAUUGACCUGGAUAAAUGGGACAAGAAGAGCUUACAUAAAGAUCUCAAGGAGAGAGGAUUGUCUCCGAUAUCAUUUACACCUGAACCCAUAGAGGAAACUGUGCCACAAAGUGAGUAUGAUGCAUUAAAACAGCAGCAUGUGGAUGAAAUGGUCAUGCUGCAGGAGGAAUAUGAGAGACGUCUGCAAGAAUUGGCUGAAAAUAUGCACAACAUGGUACGGACAGAAGGAGGUGAAGACAUGUCACAUUCCCAGUCCCAGAUGGCGCCAUCAAGGCCAUAUAGCGGGGAAUACAGUACCACAUCUAUGCCAAAACCACCUAAUAAAGAAAAAAGUGAUGCCUCCAGAAGUAAGAAAAGUUUCAGAAUCGGCAAAAAUAAUCCUAAAUGGGGAGAGAAGCUUCAGAAAGGAUUUUUUGAGCGUAUGAAGACUUAUGAGGAGGAGAGCAUGCACAAUCGUGAUAGGGUGAAAGAGGAAGUUAUGGGGGAGGUGCGGGAACAAAUAGAGAAACAAAUGGCGGGACAGUUCCGACUCAGUAGCAAGCAGGGAGAAGACAUGUAUGAUGUCAUGCAAGAUGUAAACUUGCCAGCCGUGUUCAUGCCAUUCCAGAGUGGGAAUGUAUUCAAUCCCAGAGCGCAUCAGUAUUUCCAUGCAACAGGUGCGGGAGAUAUGCGUCUGACACAACCCCCCUCGAUGUUACAACUACCACCCAUACCAAAAAACAAACUUUCCGUCAUGAACUUAUUUGAUUUAAGUCAAAACUUCCAUAGAGAUGGUCCAGAAUAUUCAAUUAAGAAAUGGUUGGAAUCAGGAGACGGGAUGCCAAACUCCGCUCCUCAUACAAGAGUCCACUCGAGAUAUGAGUCCCCACUGAAUAAAGCUUACUCACAAAACAAUCCAAAUAGGAACACUAUUCCAGAUUAUCAAAAUAGGAACGUUAUUCCAGAUUAUCAAAAUAGGAAUCCUAUCCCGGAUUAUCAAAAUAGGAACACUGUUCCUGAUUAUCAAAAUGUGCCUGAAUCUCUAAAUGAACAGGAAGUCCCAAGCAGUUGA